AUGGGGAUCAAACUCCUAGAGGCCUCGCAGUCACUGCUGUACAAGGCGAUAAGACUGAGGAAGGACCCCCCCAGACGAUCCAGGACUCACCGGAACCUAGACCUGAUCGCGAACACGAUAGAAGAGCUCAACGGCGAAAAACCAAAAGAGGAAGCGAUUUGGGCGUCCACUAGAAGAGGGACAGAUAUCCGGAAGCCCAUCAAGACCUUCAUCUGGAAGUGCAUACAUGAAGCCCACAAGGUGGGAAGAUACUGGGAACAUACCGAUGUCGCCGACACCUACAUGCCGUGCAGCCACUGUGACGUCGAUGUUGAAUCCAUGCACCACAUCAUGUUCGAAUGCACUGCCACUGGCCAGACGACGGUAUGGGAAGAAGUCGAUAAACUCUGGCAGGCGACUGGGCUGGACAAGCCCCACAUAUCCCUGGCACUAAUCAUGGGGGUGAACCUGGUGACGAUCCGCAGUGAGGACGGUACCGCAGCCCCAGGAGCCACACGCCUAUUCCGAAUACUAGUGUCAGAGGCGGCGUACCUGAUCUGGGUCCUCAGGUGCGAAUGGAGGAUAGGGAAAGAAGCUGACGCCAGGAUGAUCCCAACAGCAGAACACAUCCGCAACCGGCUACUGGCUAACAUAAACAAGAGGCUGAGAUUUGAUCGCAUCCUCACGAACCGAAGGGCCUACGGCAAGAAAGCUCUGAAGCCCCGACUUAUCGAAGCAACAUGGUACCCUGUGCUCGAUGAAGCCUCGAGACACAGCACCUUGCCAGACGAUUGGGUAAAGAACAAGGGGGUUUUAGUGGGUAUCGGACGGACGAGACGCCCGCCAGGGAGGAACCGAUGA